AUGAUGGAGGCUAUGUUGCUGGGAUGGCAGGGGGGGCGUAACUCUCACCCACAGGGCCUCUACUCCAGCAGGAAUAUCGACGGGGAGGGGGCGGGGAAGACCAACAAGCUGGCCGAAGCUGCUCUAGAGCGCCUAAGGUCACACGUUCUUCCCAUGUCAGGUCAAGACGUAAAUGUCUUAGAGACCUCGAUUGACACCCAUUUGUUAGGACUUGAUCUAUACACAGUGACCGAAAGGAGAGGACAGCUGGAAAGAAAAUUAGAAGAAUGGAGAGUUGCUUUGGAAAGCAGAGGAAUGAGGAUUAGUAGGUCCAAAACUGAAUAUUUUACGACGGAUACAAGGGGCGAUCAACAGGCCACAAUAAUUAGACUGAAUGGUGAAAAGUUGAAGAGAGUGAAAACAUUUAAGUACUUGGGAUCGAUGGUAGACGAGACAGGGGAAAUGGAAAAAGAAGUGAACUUCCGGAUUCAGUGUGGCUGGAACAAUUGGCGGCAAGUUUCGGGUGUGAUAUGCGAUAGAAGGGUACCAGUAAGAGUGAAGGGCAAAGUCCACAAAGCAGUCGUUAGACCUGCUUUGAUGUAUGGGCUAGAAGCAGCACCUUUGAAGAAGAUUGAAGAGAGGAAGAUGGAUGUAGCAGAGAUGAAGAUGUUGAGAUGGAUGGUGGGAGUCAACAGAACAGACCGAAUUAGGAAUAAGUACAUAAGAGGAACGGUGAAAGUAGUUGAAGUCUCCAAGAAGAUCCAGGAGUCAAGGUUGAGGUGGUAUGGACACUUGAGAAGAAAAGUUGGCGAAGACCACGUAGGAAGGGAGAUAAUGGAAAUGGAGGUGGAGGGAGUUAGAAGAAGAGGACGGCCCAAAAGAAGAUGGAUUGACUGCAUAAACGGAGAUCUUGGGGAGAAGAAUAUAAAUCCAGAGAUGGCAAACAAUACGAGUAGAAAUACGUGGAGAAGGCUCAUUCACAACGGCGACCCCGAAUAG